AAGAUUGCCAGUCACAACCCAAGAAGCCAACACGGUCUUCCAGGCGGAUCUCGAGACCCCUUCCUCUCAUCUAAGAUGAGGCAGGGCGAGAGUUUCGUGAGCCCUUGAUAGGUCAUGGCUUCCGACUUCUCAGACCUGCAGCUACAGCAGAGGAAAUGAGUGUCCGGGAUCUUGCUCCAGAUCUGUUACGGAGACUAAGCCUUCACAGGGUGCAAACUUGCCCGGGACAGAAAAGUUUCUCUCUUUGAAGGGCUUUACAUUUGUAACAAAGACAAUAAAGAUGACGACUUCAUCUAUUAGAAGGCAAAUGAAAAACAUUGUAAACAAUUACUCAGAAGCCGAAAUAAAAGUCCGGGAAGCCACCUCCAAUGACCCGUGGGGCCCGUCCAGCUCCCUGAUGACGGAGAUCGCGGACCUGACCUACAAUGUCGUCGCCUUCUCGGAGAUCAUGAGCAUGGUGUGGAAGCGACUCAACGACCAUGGCAAGAACUGGCGGCACGUGUACAAGGCACUGACGCUGCUGGACUACCUCAGCAAGACGGGCUCUGAGCGCGUGGCCCAGCAGUGCCGAGAGAAUAUCUUCGCCAUCCAGACCCUGAAGGACUUCCAGUACAUCGACCGCGACGGCAAGGACCAGGGCGUCAACGUGCGCGAGAAGUCAAAGCAGCUGGUGGCCCUGCUCAAGGAUGAGGAGCGGCUGAAGGCUGAGAGGGUCCAGGCUCUCAAAACCAAAGAGCGCAUGGCCCAGGUCGCCACCGGCAUGGGCAGCAACCAGAUCUCCUUCGGUCGUGGCUCCAGCCAGCCCAACCUCUCCACCAGCUACUCGGAGCAGGAGUAUGGCAAGGCCGGGGGAUCGCCAGCCUCCUACCAUGGUUCACCCGAGGCCUCGCUGUGCCCCCAGCACCGCACAGGGGCCCCGCUGGGUCAGAGUGAGGAGCUGCAGCCACUGAGCCAGCGUCACCCCUUCCUGCCGCACCUGGGGCUGGCCUCCCGCCCAAAUGGUGACUGGCCCCAGCCCUGCCUCACUUGUGACCGCGCAGCCCGAGCCACUUCCCCUCGGGUGUCCUCGGAGCUGGAGCAGGCCCGGCCCCAGACUAGCGGAGAAGAGGAGCUACAGCUGCAGCUGGCACUUGCCAUGAGCAGAGAAGUGGCUGAGCAGGAAGAGCGCCUCAGGCGGGGCGAUGACCUCAGACUACAGAUGGCCUUAGAAGAAAGCCGAAGAGACACAGUUAAAGUUCCAAAAAAGAAAGAGCCUGUCUCCCACCCACAGCAGACCACUCUAUUGGACUUAAUGGAUGCCCUCCCUGGCUCAGGCCUUGCUGCCCAAAAAGCAGAGCCUUGGGGCCCUGCAGCCUCAGCUAACCAGACCAACCCCUGGGGCAGGCAGGGAGCCCCCGCCGGCACUUCGGACCCCUGGCCAUCGUUUGGUGCCAAGCCAGCUGCCUCUGUUGACCCUUGGGGAGCUCCUUCUGGAGCCAACUCACACUCUGUCUCCAAGAGCUCAGACCCCUGGGCAGCCCCGCAGCAGCCCGCCUCCAGUGAUGCCUGGGCAGCAGCCUCGGCCACCAAGCCAGUGCCCACUUCUGGGACCUUUGAUCUCUUCAGUAAUUUGAAUGGGACAAUUAAAGAUGACUUUUCUGAAUUUGACAACCUCCGAACUUCCAAAAAAACAGCCGAGGUGGUGGCCUCUCCGCCAUCCCAGAACAAUGGAACAACAAGCCCUGACCCUUUUGAGUCUCAGCCCCUGACCAUGGCCUCAAGCAAGCCCAGCAGCGCCCGGAAAACACCGGAGUCCUUCCUGGGCCCCAACGCGGCCCUGGUGAACCUGGACUCGCUGGUGACCAGGCCAGCCCCGCCAGCCCAGUCCCUCAACCCUUUCCUGGCACCAGGUGCAGCUACGGCUUCGGCCCCUGUCAAUCCCUUCCAGGUGAACCAGCCCCAGCCACUAACACUGAACCAGCUGCGGGGGAGCCCGGUACUGGGGACCAGCACAUCCUUCGGACCUGGCCCAGGAGUGGAGCCCAUGGCUAUGGCCUCCAUGACCUCCACAGCCUCACACCCGGCUCUGGGGGCCAGCAGUUCCUCCCUGACACCAUUGGGCCCUGCCACAAUGAACAUGGUGGGCAGUGUGGGCAUGCCCCCAUCGGCCGCUCAGGCCACUGGCACAACCAACCCCUUCCUUCUGUAGUGCCCGGGCCUGGGCGGGACCCGCUGCAAAGCGAGUGCCCUGAGCGUGUGCCCGAGGACACCGAGCAGGGACUCUCAUUUGUGGAAUGGUGUCUGAGACCUAAGGUGGGCAUUAGGGCUUUCCAGUUUCAGCAUCCUGAUGGAAGGGUUAUCUUUAUAGCCCAACCCUCAGGCUGGAGCUGCGGCAGGCUUGCUGAGACCGCAGACCCAGCAUGCGGCUCUCCAAGCCUUCUGGCCACCUGCUCACAUGUCCCCAGCCUGUAGCCCCAUGUCUCGAGGGAGUGGUCUGCCCCAGCCUGGCUGACCUCACUACUCCUUCCCAAGGAUGGGGUCCUAGCCCCUGUGGGAUCAGCCGGUCCUUGGGGGCUUUGGACGAGGAGGCAGGAAUCCUCAGUGUUGCCCUUGCCCUAGCCUCAGCCUGAGGUUCUUGGGGACACUGCCUCGCCGUUUCCCUUCACCCCAGCCCUAGUGUCACCCCAGGCAGUUCCAGGUGUGGACAGAAUGAAGUGCUGGCUCCUCUGGGGAAGUGGUUAUGCAUAUUUUAUUUUUCUUUGACUCGCAUGUGAGUUCAAAGUAAACACUACCACCGUGGAACAACUCUUGAAUUAAAUCCACUAGAGCAAGCUUUAAACUAAUCUGAGCAUAACCCUGCCACGUGGCUCUAUGAUUGUAUACGUUUGCACAUAUUUUGUUUAGUACAGUUUCAUAUUUGAGUUUGCAGAAUUAUCUAAUAGUCUUUUUUGGCUAAUAUUUUUAUAACGUGGUUCUUAUUUAACUGUCUAGUUUUGAUAGAAUUUACCAGGUCUGGCUGAAUUAAGAUACUGGCACAUGUCAUGUUAGUAGUUUAAAUUCUCUUAUUUAUGGUUUUAACUCUGUAAGAAAAUUUAAAUAGGAAGAGACAAAAAAAAUGCCUUAUGGAAAAACUAAAGCAAAUUCUUUACAGAAAAAAAUAUGGGAAUUUGAUUACACAUAAAAGAUGAUAUUUAGAGAAAAAAAAACUACAACAGGAACAAAAAUCCUACCUUUAAUUGCCUUUUCCUUUCUUUAACUCCCUUUUUUGGUGAAUUACCAAAUUGAUCAACUUUCAGCCUUUUUGGCUAGAACCUAAGAGAGAGGCUAUUUUUCUUACUGAUAUACCAACCUCAAGAAAGUUAAAGAAAAAAAUCUAAUGUAUGAAUGUGUCUCACCAGUUUUUAUCAGCUAAUUCCUUUUUGCAACUGAAGGCAUGCACGGAUUAGCAAGGGUUUCUGUUUAUGACAGAGAUCUGAGAUGGAAGAGAUGUCUUGGACCUUGUGUGUCUGUAAUCUCCUCUGUCUUAGUCCAUGCUCAGGGUAAAGCUGGGGGUAGUGUGGAUACGGCAGUUGUCUUGGGGGCAAUGGCUCGUGUGCGCCCCUAGAUCCCUGGGAGUCUCAUGGCUGAGAAGGGGUGAGGGACCAGGGCUGGCCCUGCCCCACCCACCUGCUAACUCCAGACACACGGCAGACUUAAAAAUCAUCUCUAACUUUGGAGAGAAAGAAAAAAACAACAACAUUCUCACAGGGAACAGAUUUUUAACAAACAUGCACUAAUAUUACCUCCCUCCCCCCACUUCCUGCUUUCCUCACCCUAACCACCACUAUAAAAAAAGUAUUAGGUCCCUAAUCAAAGACCAGAAAAGACUUCCUCCUUACGGAAGGGACAUUUUCCCUGAACCUCUUGUCUAGUCAGCUCACCUCUCGUUCCACCAUGGACUUCUCAACGCUCACUCCAAGGGCAGCCGACCACCGAGUCGUCCCUCCGGGGGUGACAGGGCCCCUCUGCCCCUCUCUCUGAUUCUAGGAGGAGAUCUGCCCCUUAGCACUGGGCAUGGGAGAGAUACAAGAUGCCAGGAGGCGUGCAGGCCGGUUCAGUAGUGCCCGCUCAGGCCCCUCACCCUCUCCUACUUCAGAGUGCUGGCCCUGGUGCUCCCGGAAGCCGUCCUUCAAUCCCAGGAGCCAGCUGCCUCUGCCAGAGCUGGAGACCUGGGGCUGCACUGGGCUCCAAAGGCUGCUUCCUGCCUCUUGCGGCCUGGGGGGGCGAGUGAAGGCAGGCCGACUCUGGCAGGGUGCUUCCCCAGGCAGGUGCUUUCACUCAGACCAUGUGGCCCGGCCACCUCCCGGUCAGACCAAACUCAACUUCUUGGGUCAGUGAUUCUUUUAUAACAGUCCUUCCUGCCAAGACUUUGCAGCCCCAGCAAUAUAGCCAUUGGGCCACCAAGGCUCAAGAAGACCCCCAUGCCACCCCCCCAGCACAGGCCUGUCCCCAGGCGCCUCGUCCCUAUUGCCCGCUGCACUGAUCAUAAAGCCACUGGCCACUGCCACGCGUGUUGUACACAUGCCACCAUGCUCCCUCCUAUGGGCACCAUGAUAGGGGUUGUCACUCAGCCGUUUUCUCAGUCCCAGAGGCUGGUGGCUGGUUUUGAACUUGUGUUGACUAUUGAUACUUAUUUACUGUGUAAAUAUAAUUUAUCAUUUGUAUCAUGA